AUGCAUAGACUGCAUAAUCGUAGAGUUCAUUUUUCAAAUGGAUAUACUGAAUAUGAAAAGGAUGCUAAGGAUGAUCCUUUGGUCAGACUGACAAAAAGAAUGGUACAGCACUCACUCAAAAAGGAAGUUGAUCGUGCGAGAAAAAUCUUUGAUCAAAUGGGUAGAAAAGAUUCAGUUUCUUGGAAUGUAAUGAUCAAGUGCUACAUUGAAAACAAUAGGAUUUUUGAUGCAAGAGAAAUGUUUGAUAAAAUGCCCGUGAGGACCUCUGUCACUUUGAAUACCAUGAUCAUGGGUUAUAUUAAGGCAGGAAAAACACACAUUGCAUUGAAGCUUUUUACAGUGAUGCCUGAUAAAGAUGUCGUCAGCUGGACGGCUAUUGUUACUGGAUUGUGCCGCUCUUCACAGGUUGAUGAUGCUUGGCACUUGUUUGAGCAAAUGCCAGAGGCUAAUUCAGUUUCUUGGUCUUCGAUUAUUUCAGGUUUUCAGCAAAAUGGGUUUGUCUGUGAAAGCUUGAAUGUGUUCAAGAAAAUGCUGGUGGAUGGCACUCAACCAAAUUCUCAUUCAUUUACUAGUGCUUUGGCUGCUUGUGCUAAUUUAGCUCUGGUUUCACCAAGUGAGCAAUUUUAUUGUCAGCUGUUUAAGAGGGGCUUUGAGGGGAAUACCUGUAUUGGAAAUUCAGCAAUUUCGAUGUUUGUGAAGUCCGGUAGUUUUCAUAAUGCACGGCGUGUUUUUGUAGAACUAACUAAACCCGAUCUGGUCACAUGGAACUCUAUGAUUAUGGGUUAUGCACAGCAUGGUUAUGGAGUAGAAGCUAUGAUGAUUUUUCAUCAGAUGCAAAAGGCUCGGUUUUCGCCUGAUGAUAUCAGUUAUAUGGGAGUUUUGCACAGUUGUAGUCAUUGUGGAUAUGUAGAGGAAGGGAAGCAAUAUUUUAGGUCCAUGGAUAUGGAUUAUGGGAUUUCACCAGAACCUGUGCACUUUGCCUGCAUGGUAGACCUUUUUGCACGUGCAGGAAAGCUUGAAGAAGCUUACACGUUCAUAAAACAAAUGCCCUUCGUGCGUAAACCGAUAAUUUGGAGGACAUUGCUGAAUGGAUGUAGGAUUUGGGGUGAUUUAGAUUUGGGUGUUUACGCAGCUGAACGGAUAUUGGAACUUGAACCUAACAAUUCGAGUGCAUGCUCGAUGGUGGUUGAUAUCUUUGCUUUAGCUGGGAAAUGGAAGGAGGUGGCAAAGAUGAGGAGACAUAUGAGACAAUUAGAGGCUAGAAAGGAGUUGGGAUGCAGUUGGAUGGACGUGAAAGGGAAAACUCAUCUAUUUACCACAGGGGAUGGAAAUCACAAGGAAACAGAUAAAAUUUUCAAAAUUAUUGAGUUAUUGGCCGAGGACACUGAUAGAUAUGGUUCAAGAUUGGAGGGUUUGGACGAUAGCUAG